GUACCAGCAUGCGGCAGUGUUGUCUGGGGAUCAGUUUUCCCAGACAACGCAGGCAGAGUGGAGCCUGGUAGACAGAGAGGCUGACACUGAGCCAGCUUUCCUCUGGACACUCCCCAUCUCCCUGUGCUGGGCUAGUGGUCUCAGGACACUCCCUGAGUGUCUUAAGUUCUGGAGCUUUCUACUGGGCUUGCUACCUCCAACAGACCCCCAUCUCUGGGGGCCAGCUAUCUUUUGGGCACUCCCUAAUUCUGGUCUGGAGCCCUUUCCUGGACUGGCUCUCACCAAACAUCAAUCUAUUCUGGAGCUCGUCACAGCAGUGGCAGCCCAAGCUGAGUCGGGGCAAAGACCAAGCUGAGUCGGGGCAAAGACCAAGCUGAGUCGGGGCAAAGACCCAAGUGAGCAGUCUACAAUUUGGAUAUCACCAAGUGCAUGUGUCAAGGCUGUUGAUGGAUUCUCCCCAAAGCUUGUUUGCCAAGGGUGACAAGGACCUCCAGGUGAUGAAGGCGGGGGCCAUGUUGAAGAAGGUCAAGUCCAAAUCAUGGAAGAAGCAGCGGCAUUUCCGGCUACAGGAAGAUGGCCAGACCAUCUGGUAUAAGUCCAGGUGGGCAGGAACAAGCCACUCCACCUUCUCUGUGGCUGAUGUUGAGGUGGUGCGUGAAGGUCACCAGUCGGAGGUCUUGCUGAGCGUCGCUGAAGAGUUCCCCGCUGACCUCUGUUUCACCCUGGUGUUCCGUGGUCGCCGCGGCAACCUGGACCUGGUGGCGGAGUCACCUUCUGAGGCGCAGGCCUGGAUCCGGGGUGUAAGCAAGCUGAUACAGAAUGCUGAGAGCAUGGAUGACAAGGAGAGGGUUGACCAAUGGAUCUGGGACUGGUUUCAGAAGGCGGACAAAAACAAGGACGGACGGAUGAACUUCAAGGAGGUGCGCACACUGCUGAAGAUGAUGAACGUGGACAUGAAUGAGGAGUAUGCUCUUCACCUCUUCACGUUGGCAGAUAAGUCUAAGUCAGGUUGUCUGGAGAACGAGGAGUUUGUCCAGUUCUAUAAGAUACUGACGGAAAGGAAGGACAUGUGGCGGGUGUUCCAGGACUACUCCCGAGACGGACAGACAUUAACCCUUGCUGAGCUGAAGGACUUUCUGAGGCAGGAGCAACAGGAGGGGGAGAGGAGUUGGGAGCAUGCCCAGGAGCUGAUUGACCGCUAUGAGCCGUCAGAGACCGCCAAGAAACAGGGGGCCAUGUCUAUAGAUGGCUUCCAGAUGUACCUGGUCUCUCCAGAGGGCGCCAUCAUGGAUCCCCAGCAGCUGACCCUGAGCCAGGACAUGAGCCGGCCCCUCAGCCACUACUUCAUCUGUUCCUCCCACAACACCUACUUGAUGGAGGACCAGCUCCGAGGACAGAGCAGCCAGGAGGCCUACAUCCAGGCUCUAAAGCGGGGCUGUCGUUGUGUUGAGGUGGAUUGUUGGGACGGGCCGAAUGGAGAGCCGGUUGUUUAUCACGGCCACACCUUCACCUCCAAGAUCCUCUUCAGAGAUGUCAUCACCACACUGGGAGAGUACGCCUUCAAGGCAUCUGAGUUUCCUGUCAUCCUGUCCCUGGAGAACCACUGCAGUGUGGAGCAGCAAAGGGUCAUGGCCCAGCUCCUGGACACCAUCCUGGGGGACAUGCUGCUCAGGGAACCUCUGGAUGGACUGGUUCACCAAGAGCUGCCCUCUCCCCACGAUCUGAAGGGAAAGAUCCUGCUGAAAGCAAAGAAGAUUGGCGGCCUAGAAGAAAAUGAAACGCUGACCGAUGAGGCCACUGACGAGAUCAGCGAUGAAGCUGAACCUGAGAGCCCGUCUGCAGAAAACCUGUCUGCAGAGGCCAUUUGUCUCCAUGAUAAGAAAUCCAAGUUCUCUAGGGAACUCUCGGAUCUGGUGGUGUACUGCAAGAGUGUCCAUUUUCACAGCUUUGAGUACUCUCGCUUACACUCCAAGUGCUACGAAAUGUCCUCUUUCUCCGAGUCCAAGGCCAGGAAACUUGCAAAGGACACAGGGACGGAGUUUGUGCACCACAACAGCAGACAGCUUAGCAGAGUCUAUCCCAGCGGCAUGAGGACCGAUUCCUCUAACUACAACCCACAGGAGCUGUGGAACGUGGGCUGUCAGAUAGUGGCGCUGAACGUCCAGACGGCUGGGCUGGAGAUGGAUCUGAACGAUGGGCUCUUCCGUCAGAAUGGCUGCUGUGGCUACGUCCUCAAACCUGACUUCAUGAGGAAUGAUGACUCUUUUGACCCAGAAAGACCCCAGGACUGGGAUGGCUACACAUCACUCCAACUGUCUAUCCAGGUAAUUAGUGGGCAGCAGCUACCAAAGGUGAACCAGAAAGAGGGCUCCAUCGUUGACCCUCUGGUUAGAGUGGAGAUCUACGGAGUAUCACAAGACCAAGCCAAGCAAGAGACUAGUUACAUUGACAACAAUGGUUUUAACCCUCUAUGGAACGAGACCCUCAAUUUUAUCAUCCACGUCCCAGAGUUGGCCCUGGUGCGUUUUGUGGUGGAGGACUAUGACAAGGCUUCCAGGAAUGACUUCAUGGGCCAGUUCACCGUGCCCUUCACCUGUAUUCAGCCAGGAUAUCGGCAUAUCCACCUCCUGUCCAAAGACGGAACGGCUAUCCCUCUGUCUACUCUGUUUGUCAAUGUCAAGAUCUCUGAGGUAACAACAGAAGUCUGAUGGCCCAAUGAUUGGCUGAAUAACAUGCUGCAAACUCCAACUACAUGGGAGGGCUACAAUACCUCAUGAUUGCGGUCACUUUCAAAUGAACUGGUAUCAGUAUUGAAAAUAUAUGAACUGCUUUACAGUAUUUCUGCAUAAAUACCCAUUUCUGUUCAAGCAAACAUUAGUGGGACCUCACACUGAUGAAAAAACACCUGGGAACUCACAGCAAUUAAGUGAUAUUUUGCCAUUUCCCAAAUAUAAAAUCUUUUAAAAUAAUCAAUGUUUUUUAACGUGUAUGUCAUAGGAACGCAUUAAGCAAUGUUCAAUAGCACUUGGCUGAUCGAACUGAUACAAUAACUGACAUACUGCAGGGCUCACAAGUCCUUUUAGGGUUACUGACUAUGCAAUGACCUUUGUUUUUAUAUCAUUGUUUCAUAACCAUUCAACACUUGCAUUGUGUGCUGGUCGAGUAACUUAACUGCCUAGACAAUUAGUCCUCCAUCCAAGCAUUUCCAUAGACAUUUUGUACAAUUCCUCAAAGUGUGGCAUGAAACUAUAUCGCUAUCUCAUGCAUCGUGUUGUAAAAGAUUAUACUGUAAUGUAUGCAUGCGCAUAGAGCUCUAGAAAUAAAGAGAAAUGAAAGAC